UCGAGCGAGCUUCACUAGAGGGAAAUAACACAGUUGUCAGAGAUUUGUCAGGGACCAGAUGAUGCUGUAGAUGAACUUUGAAGAGGAGAGGAGAAGAGUUGUGGACCAUCAAGAGGAGGAUGGCCCCUCUGCCACUCAUCUUUGCCUUUUGCUUCAUUGGCAUGGUGAUGAGCCAGACAACACCCACUCCCGCUGCCCUCAUCACUUCUCUGGUAGAGAACGCCACCGCUGUGACGCCAACUCCCGCUCUCAGCAGCACCACCCCCAGCUGCUCAGCAUUCAACACUUCCAACUGCGAGCCCUGUGCACCGGGUUCACAGUACGACAACGGCACCCUGCUGUGCGUGUGCUGCUCCGAGCCUGGGCUGUGUCUAUUUCCAGGAGCCUGUCUACCAUGCACCGUUGGCUUUUAUCAGCCACUGGCUGGACAGCAGCAGUGCCUGCCCUGUCGACAAGGCUUCUACACAAAUUUCACUGGGAGCCCACUGUGUCACCCGUGCCUCCCUGGAUCUUUCAACAACAACACUGGUGCCGACAGCUGUGAAAGUUGCUCCCCAGGUUUCUUCUCCUCGCUGCACAGUUCCACAUCGUGCGCACCGUGCUCAAGAGGAACUUUUUGCAACUCCUCCGGUUGCUCCCAAUGCCAGACGUGUCCCGGCGGUUCAGAGGCGCUACAGGCCGCAGCAAAAGAGUGCACUCCGUGUCGGCCGGGCAUGCAUAAGGCUCCCCAUCAGACAAUGUGUCAGAUCUGCAGCAGUGGCUCCUUCCAGAUCCACUGGGGCCAAGAAAGCUGCGACGUCUGCCCGGAAAACCAUUACUGUCCAAGUCCAGACGUGAACCCCAUUCAUUGUCCCAGCGACGCCUUCUGUCCAGAGGGGAGCUCAGCUCCGGGCUACUGCAUGGAGACUUUCUUUCGCAAAGCGGGCGACACAUGUGAACUGGCCCCGGUCACCAUCGCUUUAUUAGUUAUUGGAGGAGGGGUGGCUCUACUCCUCAUCAUUCUAAUGGUCCUACGGAAAAUGAGAGACACCGACCGGGAGCUUAGCAUGUCCCGAGCGCCGCUAUUACGCAAAGAGAGGCCUCAAGGUCGCUACUACGGAAUUCCCUGUGAUGGGGAGCCCGUGUAUGCCGGCUGGUGAACCAAAGAAAGAUAGACCAAAAGCUACGGUGGCACGAAUGCAAAUUGCCACAACACGAUCCCAGGAUGCCAAAGCAUGAAUGCAAAUUGGCCAAAGCAAAAACCCCAAUUGCCACAACACGAACCCCAAUUGCUCGCAAAACAAAUGCAAAUGGCCCGCAACACAACUGCAAGAAGCCACAGCACGAAUAAAGAAGAUGAAACGAAGGUAGACUAAAUUUGACGGAAGUAGACAUAAGGGCGACAGCUCCCAGCAGAACUUGAAAAUGACAGUUACAGGAAAGAGCUCACAAAUGUACAUUUUGCGACCAGCAGGAAGUCGAUGCUAACGCUUUUGCGCGAAUUCUGCAAAGAUGGCAGAGCAAUAGAGACAAAUAUUUUGUCUGAGGAGGAAAAUGAAUGAGUCUACCAAGAUAUACGGAAUAAACAUUGGCCCGGCUUUCACUCGCUGGUGUAACACAACAGUUGCUAACCGUCAUAUGCUAUUGUUAAGCCACAACUGGUUUCAUUACCGUUUUACUUUUCCUCUUUCACACAGCCGCUGGAAAAAGAAAUGUUGUUUAAUCCAUCUACAGGUGACCAUCUGUAUUUGACGACACUGUGCGGGUGCGCGCUGGUCCUCAUGGGAAACGCAGUCGUCCUUAAGGCAAAACACUACCGCUUUUGUCCACCGGCAUCACUAAAAUCGACCAAAACUGCAAAGUUAAGUUGCUUUCAUUCGCAUUUUGCUCCUGUAAAAUAGAAGAGCUUUGAGAGGAAAUUGGCGUGAGAAAUGUGGGAGGAGAUGCUUUCUGGGACUGACAGUAUCUAGUCCGAAGAUAUGCCAAUAUCUUAAAUUCCACCUACAUGCACACACAUAGCCUAACAAAGACAAGGGGUGACGCCAGCUUGCUUUUUACCUUUUAGGGCAAGACGUCUGUUGCUAGGGCCAUCCCAAAUAAAAGAGAGGCGAAGGAGGGUCUAAGCAGAAGGAUUGCGGAAGCUGUAUAGUUUCCCCUCCUUCUCCUUGCAAGCUUUUCAACUAAUUUGAGUUUGGCUUAGGUGGGCCAACUGACAUGCAAAACAUGUUUGCGGGGGGUGGCUACCAGAGACGGCAAUAAUUCCAAUAUGAUUUCGCAUUUAUACAAAAUUAAAGGUUAGUACACACUGUCAUGAACAUUUCCCACUAGCUACAAGAGUUAACUCUAGCGUGUGUAGUGUGUCUAGCUGUGGUGAAACAUACUGUAACGUAAGCUUGUUAACGAAGCUGAUAACAUGGCUAAUUAGCAUGCCAAUUUGAAUUAAUAUAGAAUAUUUAUUUAUUUAUUAUUAUUAUUAUUUUUAUUUAACUUAACAUUAUACUCAUAUUCCAAUUUGCUAAUAUGUUGUUUUGAAAAAUAAUAACACUGUUGAAUGGAAUUUUUUUUUUUUUUUUUUUUUUGCAAGCCAGAAAUCUCAAAACAUUUUAGAGCUGUAAUUGCAAUACCAUGAAACCAUGAUAUUUUUGUUUAAGGUUAUUAUAUUGUCAGUCUCAUAUCGGCACAUGCUUAGUCUAGAGGCGUUUGACCAAACGCCAUUUGUAAAUUGCUGGAUGAAUUCAACCAAGCGUGCUCGACGACUUGACUAUAAGAAAUGGGACAACAAUGCUUUUUGUCUUUAGAUACCAAUACAGUACGUGUAUGUGUACAAUAUUUGCUGUUUAUAACAAAAGUGCGUUAGCAAUCCAAAAAAAAAAAUCUGUGUUCCUAUUUUUUUAAAUUUGCGAGCACCUGUGCUCCCGAUGAAAAAGCUUAGCGUACAGGCCUGCUUUUGUGCUGUGGCUUUUUGCAGUCACGAGCCAUUUGCAUUUGUGUUGCGGGAAAUUGGGGUUCAUUUUGUGGCAAAUGGGGUUCGUACCGUGGCUGUUUGCAUAAAUUGCAUUCGUGCUUUUUUUUUUCUUUUAAAAAGCGUUUGGAGCCGGCGUUUGUGUUGCGACAAUUUGCAGUGGUGCGUUUUACUUCUUGCCAAGUGUUUGGACUUUGCCGUGGGCCUGAUACUUCUCGGCCACCUGACGACGUGGAGCGCACUUCCGAAACUCGUUUCAGCUCUUGUCGGAGACGUUCUACUUUUAAUAGGUUAACAGUUGUCAAACACUGUCCUUUUGUAAGCGAGUUUAUCGGAUUAGGAGCAUCUUGCCGGAAAAGCAGAUGUCUGCCAAGGACGUGUUGGGAGCAUUUUCUUUGUAAUAUAACAAAAAAAAAGCACUUUUUAAAAAAUAAAAAUAUAAAAAAUAUGGAAGAAUUGCUUUUCUUCAUGCGUUUCUCUGCAGACUGUCGCACAACUACAGCAUGUUUAACAAUACAGCAAUGCAUUUCAAUGUCAUUCUCUGUUUGUUUUUGGAUAAAAGAUGAAUAUUUGUACGUUUUAGCA